GUGGAUGCUGCCUACAUGAACAAGGUUGAACUGCAAGCCAAGGCAGACACUCUCACAGAUGAGAUCAACUUCCUGAGAGCCUUGUAUGAAGCAGAGCUGUCCCAGAUGCAGACCCACAUCUCAGACACAUCCGUGGUGCUGUCCAUGGACAACAACCGCAACCUGGACCUGGACAGCAUCAUCGCCGAGGUCAAGGCCCAAUACGAGGAGAUUGCUCAGAGAAGCCGGGCUGAGGCCGAGUCCUGGUACCAGACCAAGUACGAGGAGCUGCAGGUCACAGCAGGCAGACAUGGGGACGACCUGCGCAACACCAAGCAGGAGAUUGCUGAGAUCAACCGCAUGAUCCAGAGGCUGAGAUCUGAGAUCGACCACGUCAAGAAGCAGUGUGCCAACCUGCAGGCCGCCAUUGCUGACGCUGAGCAGCGUGGGGAGAUGGCACUCAAGGAUGCCAAGAAUAAGCUGGAAGGGCUGGAGGACGCCCUACAGAAGGCCAAGCAGGACCUGGCCCGACUGCUGAAGGAGUACCAGGAGCUGAUGAAUGUCAAGCUGGCCUUGGACGUGGAGAUCGCCACGUACCGCAAGCUGCUGGAGGGCGAGGAGUGCAGGCUGAAUGGCGAAGGCGUUGGACAAGUCAACAUCUCUGUGGUGCAGUCCACCGUCUCCAGUGGCUAUGGCGGUGCCAGCGGUGUCGGCAGUGGCUUAGGCCUGGGUGGAGGAAGCAGCUACUCCUAUGGCAGUGGUCUUGGCGUUGGAGGUGGCUUCAGUUCCAGCAGCGGCAGAGCCAUUGGGGGUGGCCUCAGCUCUGUUGGAGGCGGCAGUUCCACCAUCAAGUACACCACCACCUCCUCCUCCAGCAGGAAGAGCUACAAGCACUGAAGUGCUGCCACUGGCUCUCGGUCCCACAGUUCUCAGGCCCCUCUCUGGCUGCAGAGCCCUCUCCUCAGGUUGCUUGUCCUCUCCUGGCCUCCAGUCUCCCCUGUCCUCCCAGGUAGAGCUGGGGAUGGAUGCUUAGUGCCCUCACUUCGUCUGUCU